UUUGGAAACAGUCCUGCAACUAGCGUUCAGAAAUGGGAACUACAAGGUAGUGAUACUUGAGUGUAGCAUAGAAGACUCGCCAAGAUUUCCACAUAGGGGAAUGAUGAUCGAUACAGCCAGACAUUAUCUAAGCGUUGGAACAAUCAAGAAUGUCAUUGCUGCAUUAUCAAUAGUGAAGAUGAAUGUGCUACACUGGCAUAUGACAGAUGAUGAAUCCUUCCCGUAUGUUUCUUCAUUGUAUCCUGAAUUGUCUUCACAGGGAGCGUAUCAUCCACAUUCGUAUGUGUAUGGAAAGGAUGAAAUUGAUUCACUGGUAGAAUUUGCACGAAUACAUGGUGUUCGAGUGAUUAUUGAAUUUGACUCACCAGGUCACACUCUAUCAUGGGGGAGAAGUCAUCCUGAAAUUCUCUCGGGUGAAUCACAUGACGGACCAAUCAAUCCAGUCGAUGAGGAUGUCUGGCCAUUUCUGUCAAAUUUAUUCAGCGAAGUGUUGAGUGUAUUUCCUGACCGUGCCUUACAUUUAGGUGGGAGCAUUUACGACAGGUAUUCAUGGGAAGAAGACGCCAACAUCCAAGAAUUCAUGAAACAGAAAGGAUUCGAUCAAGACUACAACAAAUUAGAAAAUUAUUAUUUUGAACGCCUCACAGAAGUUGUUCAGAAUAUUACGUCAGAGUCACAAAGCGUGACACCUGUGGUGUGGCAGAAUGUAUUUGAGAAUGGAUUCCGAGGUAAUGACAAUGCCGUCAUCAUACAAGUACACAAUAAUUCCGACUGGGAAGCUGUCACCAAGUCAAUCACAUCAUCUGGUUACAGAGUGAUCAAUUCAGCGUGUUGGUCGAAAGUUGUUAGGAAUUUAGAUGAUGCAUGGAAGAUGCUGAACGAUUGUGAUCCUGCUGCAUUUGGAGGUACUGAUGAAGAAGCUCAGUUGGUUAUUGGUGGGGAGGUCAUCAUUUGGGGAACUUAUGUGGAUGACACCAAUCUCUUCUUACGAUCAUGGCCAAUAACUGCUGUGGCUUCUGAACGUCUUUGGUCUAUGGAUCCAGGCGAUUUUCAUGAUUUUUCAUUUAGAAUGAAAGAGUUUCACUGUCGAAUGUUACUAUUGAAUUGGAAAAUGAGACCUUUUACAGGACCUGGAUUCUGUAGAAAUUGACGAUACUCCUUCACAUAAAUGACAAGGCGAAUGACAACUGACAUACAUAUUCAGCUGAAGACACCUGAUAAAUCAUUUGAUUGCUAAUGUGUGUGUAG